AUGAGUUCGACGAGUAGAGCUUGGAUUGUGGUUGCAAGCAUUGGGGCUGUUGAAGUAUUCAAGGAUCAAGGGUUUUGUAGAUGGAAUAACGCCUUGAGAUCCCUCCAUCAACACGCCAAGAACAAUUUCAGAUCUCUUUCUCAAGCUAAAAGACUUCCCUCUUCCUCUUCUUCAAUGGCGAUGACUAAGAAGUUGAUUCUCAGCGAUGAAAAGAUGAAGCAAUCCGAAGAAUCUCUCAGAAAAGUUAUGUACUUCAGCUGUUGGGGUCCCAAUUGAGAGCUCCAAAUCUCUAUAUUGCUCAAGACGCGUAUUACUUCUAUUUCUUCGAUUCUGUAGAUACCUGAUUGAGAACAUUAAUUGAUUCCAGAGGACAAAGUUAAAAA